CCAUGAUGAACAACACCAUCAAGUUCCCGACUCAUCAUCCCCUGGCCUUCCCGUGUAGUUACUAGUUACCAUCUACGUUACGGUAAUUCGACUAUUAGUAUCGGCAAGUGCCAUUAGCCCCUGCCCAGAUCACUGCGGGUUACCGUGUCCCAGUUUUGGAGUAAUCUAGCAGGACGCCAUGGAAGCGACGAUGCUUCUCUUCCUCGGCCUCAUCCUCCUCGCGGGGCAACGAGGCUGCACCUGCACGGCCUCUGCUGCUGCCGGCGAAGGCGGGUUCAGCGUCGACUUCAUCCACCGCGACUCCGCCAGGUCGCCGUACCGCCACCCCGCGCUCUCCCCGCACGCCCGGGCGCUCGCGGCCGCGCGCCGCUCGCUCCGGGGCGAGGUGCUCGGGCGCUCCUACAGCGGCGCGUCGCCCGCGGCCGCGCCCGUGUCCGCGGCCGACGGCGGCGUCGAGUCCAAGAUCAUCACCAGGUCGUUCGAGUACCUCAUGUACGUGAACGUCGGUACGCCGCCGACGCAGCUGCUCGCCAUCGCCGACACCGGCAGCGACCUCGUGUGGGUCAACUGCAGCAGCAGCGGCGGCGGCCUCGCGGACGCGGACGCCGGCGGCAACGUGGUGUUCCAGCCUACCCGCUCGUCGACGUACAGCCAGUUGAGCUGCCAGUCCAACGCGUGCCAGGCGCUCAGCCAGGCGUCGUGCGACGCGGACUCCGAGUGCCAGUACCAGUACUCGUACGGCGACGGCUCCCGCACGAUCGGGGUCCUGUCCACCGAGACCUUCAGCUUCGUCGACGGCGGCGGCAAGGGCCAGGUCCGCGUGCCCCGCGUCAACUUCGGCUGCUCCACGGCCAGCGCCGGCACGUUCCGCUCCGACGGGCUGGUCGGCCUCGGCGCCGGUGCCUUCUCCCUCGUGUCGCAGCUAGGGGCCACGACGCACAUCGACCGCAAGUUGUCCUACUGCCUCAUCCCGUCCUACGACGCCAACUCGUCGUCCACCCUCAACUUCGGGUCCAGGGCCGUCGUGUCGGAGCCCGGCGCGGCGUCGACGCCGCUGGUGCCGUCGGAUGUGGACUCGUACUACACCGUCGCCCUGGAGUCGGUCGCGGUCGGCGGGCAGGAGGUGGCGACCCACGACUCCCGCAUCAUCGUCGACUCCGGCACGACGCUGACGUUCCUCGACCCGGCGCUGCUGGGGCCGCUGGUGACCGAGCUGGAGCGGCGGAUCAAGCUGCAGCGGGUUCAGCCGCCGGAGCAGCUGCUGCAGCUGUGCUACGACGUCCAGGGCAAGUCCGAGACGGAUAACUUUGGCAUCCCGGACGUGACACUGCGGUUCGGCGGUGGCGCUGCCGUGACGCUGCGGCCGGAGAACACGUUCUCGCUGUUGCAGGAGGGGACGCUGUGCCUGGUGCUGGUGCCCGUGUCGGAGUCACAGCCGGUGUCCAUCCUCGGCAACAUUGCGCAACAGAACUUCCACGUCGGGUACGACCUCGACGCAAGAACGGUCACCUUCGCCGCCGCCGACUGCGCCCGCUCGUCGGCCUCCAGCUGAUGGAACCCGCCGUGCGGACCCCUGUAACACAUGAGAAUAAAUCAUUUUUGAUAUAAGAAGGAAAAAUCUGUGAUCGUAAAGCCGAGAGAGAAAGGGCGAUGCUAAAGCCCAUAUGAUGCCAUAAUUUUUUUUUUGGCACAAUUGCCUAAAGUCAAGUGCUCAAAUUAUCUGCGACACCACUGUUGCCAUAGUAUUUAAGUAAUAGACAUGUGGUACUUAAUUUAAUUGAAAGAAAUAACCAAAAAAGCAGA